UCUAAACCCAAACAACACCAUCAUUACAACUCUCUUUUCCUCCCUCCAUCUCUUAGCCAUGGAAACAACUCAUCUGCCUUACCAGAAGAACCGAAAGUUCAGAAUUUUGCUGCGAAAUGCCGGCAAAAAAAGUGGCUCAGCCGGAGCAAACCCAGGCGGCAAAGAGACGGGAAGAAGGAAAGCGCGGCCGGCGGGUGAUGUCUGUAUUAUAGAAGUUGUGGAACUUUUAAAAAAACGACGGAGUAAAAGGAGCAGGCUCGCGAUAACACCAUCGCAGAAUUUUCCUGAGGCCGAGACUUGAGAUUUAAAUUUCUGGGAGAUAUUUGUACCUCUUACAAAAUUACAAUGGUCCUUUUGUACUUUUUCCAAAAAAAUGUAAACCAACAGAGCCCGAUCUUCUUCAUUUCAAAAAAACCUGAUACCUAAAGGGAGAGAGCGAACGGAGCUGCCGCCAAAUCGACACCCACCCAUCACUGCCUUCGCCGCUCACUCUUCAGCCGGUUCAGGUGAUAAUUAUCCUUUACAGCCAUGGUAAUACCUCAUUAAGCACCAGAGCAAUGCCAGCAUUUACUGCUAUAGCUUUAGACAGGUUGUUAGAACCUGGAACCUCUAAAUCUGUCGACAAAUCUGUUCCUGGUUCAAAUUUUGUGUCGAAACCAAAGCUUCUUCCAAAAUCAAGGCCUGUACCUAACUCAAACCUCCAUAGGAGAAACAGUAUAGCAGGCACAGAGAGAAAAGUCAACCGUCCUCAAAUUUCACCAGCUCUUUAUGCCACUCCAGAAGCAACCCCACUACCUGAUUCACCAUCUUCAUUUCCACCUUCACCGUACAUUAUUAACCACAAGCGACGUGGACCGCGCCUCUUAAAAAGUAAUUCUGAGGAUGACGUGGCUUGUCGAAGGAAAAACAUGGACGAAGUAAAGAUCAAUGGGAAUGGAGAAAACAAGGUUCGACAUUCAACAGAAGAUCAAUGUGUUACUUUUGCCAUUUCUGAUUCUGUUGACAAGAUGCAAUCAAAUGGUGUACAGGAUAGUUCUGGAAAACUAAAGAAUCCAAAUGGUGCUGUUGAGGCCUAUCGCGAAACGCAAAUGAAUGGUAUUCAUGGUAGUGAAAUAGGAAGCACUAGUGGUGAAUCUAAAAGCAAAUUUAUCAAGAAUGGCUUGACUGUUGAAAAGGAUGUGCCCAAGCUUAUUGUGUUGAAUUCAGAAAGAGUUGGUGAGUCUGAGGAAUCAGCGAGUUAUACUAGCAACACUUAUGUGGAGGAAAACUCUGCAGUGGAAAGUUCUGCGAAGCUUGCUUUAACUACACCAGUGGGAGAGUUUUAUGAUGCUUGGGAAGAGCUUUCUUCUGAGAACGAGCUGCAGUCAUCUUUUAGGGACAUUGAAGCUGAAUUGCGUGAGAUGAGAUUAAAUUUAUUGAUGGAAAUAGAGAAGCGAAAGCAAGCAGAGGGAACCCUGAAUAAUGCGCAAAAGCAGUGGCAGAAGAUGAGGGAAAAAUUAGCACUUGCAGGAUUGACUCUUCCUGCAUUUCCAUUUACUGUUUCAGAGUGCGAGGACUCAUUGGAUGCUGAUCCUGCAGAAGAGCUGUGUCAACAGGUUUAUCUUGCUCGGUUUGUAUCAAACUCUAUAGGGAUGGGAUUAGCUAAGGCCGAGGCUGAUAUAGAGAAGGAAGCUGAAAUGGAGGCUAAGAACUUUGAGAUAGCUCGACUUUGGGACCGGCUUCAUUAUUAUGAGGCUAUGAAUCGAGAAAUGUCUCAGAGGAACCAAGAAGCAGUAGAGAUGGGUCGGCGUAACAGGCAGGUGAGGAAAAGAAGGCAGGGAUGGGUGUGGGGCUCAAUUGCUGCAGUGCUUACCUUUGGCACUGCUGCUUUAGCAUGGUCUUACUUGCCGGAAACAAAAGGAUCAUCUUCCAUUAGUGAGCACAAUGACGGAGCCAAAUGAUGUGCAUCCAGUCAAGUUAUACGACUUUAAUGCUAUAUCACAGAAGCGAAGAUAAUAAAAGAUUGUAAAUGCCACUAUGUCAAUAGCAAUAUCAUGCCUUUUCCAGUUGCAUUUUCCCAA